UGUUGAGCUAUUAUAUAUAUAGAUAUGAGUUAUCAACAAAUAAACCUAUCCAUGCAAAUACAAAAGCCAUAAAAACCUAACAUUAUUACAGGAAAGUGAAAGAAGGUUGUGCUUGUGCAUACAAUGGAGGUUCCAGAAGCCGAGAGGAACGCGACACAGAAAGCUAUAAGUUCGACAUUUAAAAGCACGGCGCAAUUGGCAAACCUUCUACCUACAGGAUGUGUGCUUGUUUUCCAGGUUUUGUCACCAAUCUUUACAAAUCAUGGAAUCUGUGACUCAGCCACUAGAUCAAUGACUUAUGCACUUGUGAUUCUCUGUGGUGCAUCAUGCUUCGUGCUAAACUUUUCUGAUACCGUUAAAGACACCGAGGGGAAUAUUUCUCACGGAUUAGCCACCUUUAACGGCUUGUGGGUCCUCGAUGGUUCAACGAAACUUCCACCUGAAGUCGCUUCAAAAUAUCGGAUACAGUUUAUAGAUUUCAUGCAUGCAAUGAUGUCGAUUUUGGUAUUUUUAGCAAUUACAAUGUUUGAUAAUAAUGUGGUGCAUUGCUUUUGUCCAGAACCAUCAAAAGAGAUGCAUGAAGUCCUCACCAUGUUGCCAUUGGCCAUUGGAGUCCUCACCAUGUUCCUACUCAGAGACAUGGAAUUGGUUUUCCUCUUACAGCGUAUAAAUAAUUGAGAUCUUUUUUAUGUUCAUUGUUGUAUCCGAUUUCUAGGUUUUUAAUUAUUUCCUUCGUCGUUUUGGUUUGUUUUUGUUUCCAAUGUUGUCUUGUCUUUAAACCGUUUCUAAAUGGAUCGGAUUGCAAUCGUAUGUAUCGGCUUUGUUUCUUUUCUUUUGAGCUUAAACAAUGAAAUUCAAGAAGGUUAAUUACUCUUUCAUGAAUUUCUUUGAA